AUGUCCCAGCACCUGCUCCUCCCACUUGUGAUCCUCGUCAUCGGUCCGGAUCCAGGAACCUUCCAGGACUCAGCCUUCAGUCCUUCCCAAGAGGAACCUGAAGAUCUGGACUGCGGGCGCCCGGAGCCCUCUGCCCGCAUCAUGGGAGGCUCGGAUGCACAACCGGGCACCUGGCCGUGGCAGGUGAGCCUGCAUCAUUGGGGCGGCCACGUCUGCGGGGGCUCUCUCAUCGCCCCCUCCUGGGUCCUCUCGGCUGCUCACUGUUUCGUGAGUAACGGGACCUUGGAACCUGCAUCCGAGUGGUCGGUACUGCUGGGCGUGCACUCCCAGGACGAGCCCCAGGACGGCGCGCACGUUCGCGAAGUGGCGGCCAUCCUGGUGCCCGACAACUACACCAGGGUGGAACUGGGCUCCGAUGUGGCCCUGCUGCGCCUGGCCUCGCCCGCCAGGUUGGGCCCCACGGUGCGACCCGUCUGCCUGCCCCGCGCCUCGCACCGCUUCACUCAUGGCACCUCCUGCUGGGCCACGGGUGCUGGAGAUGUCCUGGAGGCAGACCCUCUGCCUCGCCCCUGGGUGCUACAGGAAGUGGAGCUAAGGCUGCUGGGAGAGGCGGCCUGUCAGUGUCUCUACAGCCGCCCUGGCCCCUUCAACCUCACUUUCCAGCUUUUGCCAGGGAUGCUGUGUGCUGGCUACCCAGAGGGCCGCAAGGAUACCUGCCAGGGUGACUCUGGAGGGCCCCUGGUCUGUGAGGAAGGGGGCCGCUGGUUUCAGGCGGGAAUCACCAGCUUUGGUUUCGGCUGUGGACGGAGAAACCGGCCUGGAGUCUUCACGGCUGUGGCUCCGCAUGAGGCAUGGAUACGCACACAGGUGAUGGGUUCCGUGCCUGGGCCUGUCUUUCCCACCCAGCCGCUGGAGCUCCAGUCAGGCCCCAGGGAGCCCAUGGAGGAGAACUGCACUGUCGCCCUGCCAGAGUGUGGGAAGGCCCCGAGGCCAGGGGCCUGGCCCUGGGAGGCCCAGGUGAUGGUACCAGGAUCCAAACCUUGCCAUGGGGCGCUGGUGUCUGAAAGCUGGGUCUUGGCACCUGCCAGUUGCUUUCUGGACCGGAUCAGCUCUGAUGGCCCACCUCGUGACCUCAACGCCUGGCGCGUGUUGCUGCCCUCGCGCCCGCGCGCGGAGCGGGUGGCACGCCUGGUGCCGCACGAGAACGCCUCGUGGGACGACGCGUCGGACCUGGCGCUGCUGCAGCUGCGCGUGCCCGUGAACCUGAGCGCGGCUCUUCGGCCAGUGUGCCUACCCUACCUGGAACACUACUUCUUGCCUGGAAGCCGCUGCCGCCUGGCUCGCUGGGGCCGCGGGGAACCCGCGUCUGGCCCCAGCGCGCUGCUUGAGGCGGAGCUUUUGAGCGGCUGGUGGUGUCACUGUCUGUAUGGCCACCAGGGGGAGACAGUGCCGCCACAAGGAGGAGGAGGAGGCGGGCCGCUGCUGGGUGAGCGCCGGGAGGCGGGCCGCUGCUGGAAUGACUCUCGUUGGAGCCUUUUGUGCAGGGAGGAGGGGACCUGGUUCCUGGCUGGAAUCAGGGACUUCUCCAGUGGCUGUCUACGCCCCCGAGCCUUCUCCCCACUGCAGACCCAUGGCCCAUGGAUCAGCCAUGUGACUCGGGGAGCCUACCUGGAGGACCAGCUGGUCUGGGACUGGGGCCUUGAAGGGGGGGAGACUGAGAUACAGACUUGUCCCCCACACACAGAGCAUGGGGCCUGCGGCCUACGGCAAAAGGCUGCUCAGAUGGAGCACUUGUGGCCUUGGCUGGCAGAGGUGCAUGUGGCUGGUGAUCAUGUCUGCACUGGGAUCCUCGUGGCCCCAGGAUGGGUCCUGGCAGCCACUCACUGUGUCCUCAGGUUGGGCUCUACAACGGUGCCUUACAUUGAAGUCUAUCUGGGCCGGGCGGGGGCCAACCCCCUCCCACAGAGCCACCAGGUGUCCCGGUUGGUCAACAGCAUCCGCUUGCCACGGCACCUGGGACAUGGGCCCCCCUUGGCUCUCCUGGAGCUGAGCUCCCGUGUAGAACCGUCUCCUUCAUCCCUGCCUGUCUGCCUUCACCCAGGGGGUAUCCCCCCGGGGGCCAGCUGCUGGGUGCUGGGCUGGAAGGACCCCCAGGACCGAGUACCCAUGGCUGCUGCCGUCUCCAUUUUGACACCACGCCUCUGUGGCUGCCUCUAUCAGGGCAUUCUGCCCCCUGGGACCCUCUGUGUCCUUUACUCAGAGGGCCAGGAGGACAGCUGUGAGGUGACCUCGGCACCUCCCCUCCUGUGCCAGACUGAGGGGGGCUCCUGGGUCCUCAUGGGCAUGGCCAUUCGAGGGAGCCGGGAACUGUUUGCUGCCAUCAGCCCUGAAGAGGCCUGGAUCUCCCAGACGGUGGGGGAAGCCCAUUUCCUGCCUCCCAGUGGCCCCCCCUACUGGUCCCCUGAAGGCAGCAACCUGUGCCCCCUGGGUAUGGCAGGGGCCUCAGGUCCCCCCAGGGCUGCUCUGCUCCUGCUGCUACUGACUCCCCUGAUUCAGGGCUGAGAGGGCCUGGGUCCCCCACCACUUCCCCUCCUCCCCACCCUCCAUUUCCCGCCCAGUGGGGCGGGAAUGUGGUCCAACCGGCUGACUCCCCUGCCAGAACCUCCACAGGGCCCCACCCACCCAGACAGCAGCGGCUUUGGGUAAUUGGGCCUCAGUGCCUGGCUAUUUUGGGCCCAGGAAUCCUUGGGGGUGGCA